AGACUCGAAACACGCAUUGCCUCGAACUAUGACAUAUUCCAAACUCGAGGGCGGUGCGAUUCGACCUUCACACAUGAGAUCGCCAACACGGACUGCCCCCUUGCAGAGGGAUAGGCCUUUAGAAUGCUGUGGCUAUCUCGUACACUUGCCUGAAAGAGGUUAUGGAGGGCCUGAAAUCCCAAACACCCAGCCCAUGAUGCAUUUCAGCAGGACGAUCAACUUCAAUGGAUGCUAUAAAGCCUGGCAGACACUCCAACUCUUGUUUCCUCCCCCACCAUUACUCGAGACGACACAGAAGCAUCUGUUUCUUUGAAUAUCAGAAAGAAUUGUGAAGUACACCGCAACCUGCACAAGACCUCCGCAAAGAUGGGCCUAUUCGAUAAGGAUGACGGGGACACGCCCGUGUGCAGCAUGCCCAACCCUCUACAAGCCGAUGCUCCGGAACCAUUCAUUGGGAGCCUUUCCUUCAGACAAUUCAACCUGUGCCUCUCGGGCGGUUGUACCGCAUUCGUCUGCUUGUCCAUCUUCAUUCUCAUGGCCAGACACGCGACACACUUCAGCAAACCCAAUGAACAGAGCAAGAUCCUGAAAAUCUGUCUCCUCCUUCCGUUCUACAGCAUCUUUUCGCUUCUUGGAAUCGCCUUUCCAAACGCGUACCCAUACCUCGACCCAUGGCGGGACUUCUGGGAAGCCAUCGCUCUAGGAAGCUUCUUCCUCUUGCUCUGCGAAUUCGUCUCGCCGAGUCCGGAUUUUCGCGAUGUCUUUUUUGCAGCGUUCGAGGUCCCGCAAUCUCGCAGAGCUAAACAGAAGGGAGGUAAUGCCCGUCAGGAUGGGCUGGAAUGGUACAGAAAAAGAUGGGUCUCUGUGUUUCAAUACGUCGUUAUAUCUCUGGGGAUCGCCAUCGCCACCGAUAUCACCCAAGCAAUCAACAAGUAUUGCCUCGAGAGCAGUAACAUCCACUUCUCCCACAUCUGGCUUACGAUAAUCAACGGCAUCUCCAUUGGCGUUGCCGUCACAUCAUGCAUCGCCUUCUACAAUGCCUUGAAAAAGGACAUGAAGCACCACAAGCCGCUUGCCAAGUUCCUGGCUUUCAAACUCAUCAUCGGCUUAUCAUUUCUCCAAGACAUCAUUUUCACCAUUCUCCGCUCCACGGGCGCUCUGAAACAGAGCUCUACCAUGACUUACGCAGAUGUCAAUUUCGGCAUCGACACCAUGACCACCUGUAUCCUAAUGGUGCCGUUUGCCGUUUUCUUCCACUACGCCUAUGACGUUUCCCCCUACGACAUUACGAAGCCACGAAUGCUCCCGUUGUCCGAGAUUCCACCCCAGUACAUCGACGAGGCCAGGUCGUCACAGGAGGCCUUGACCGGCAGAAGCGGCAGUCCAGACUCCUUCAACCAACACCGACAUAUCGGACAUGAGACUGGCGGACAAUACUACGGUGGCGCACUGGGUGUCAAGGCGUGGGCGACCCUGCCGGAUGUCAGGGAGAUCCUGAAAGCGAUUCACUUUGCCUUCACCAUGAGGACGACGGCCAAGAGAAUGAACAGGCAGGUAGUGGGUGUCAAUUCUCCUCCUUACCCACCAUAUUAGUCGAGAAGGAAAAGAGCUGGAAUGCGCUAUGGGUACAAUAUCAUGAGGGUUGGGGCCAAAUGAAACUGUAUAUGACUUGGUGGUGGUGGCGAAGGCGUCCGAGCAUGUGGUUCUUGUGUACGAUCAGCCAGGCGUUGAGAUACAGCGGUAGAUUUGGGAGUUUAGUUUCUUUGAAA